AUGUCGACUGAGAACGCAACACGUUCCUUCUCCAACUCAUCAGGGAACCCGGCUGCGGAACGCUCGGAUCCCUACAACACCGCCGUCAUGCCGAGCGUCUACGGGAUCAUCUGCUUCCUGGGCAUCGUGGGGAACUGCAUCGUCAUCUACACCAUCGUGAAGAAGAACAAGCUCCGCGCCCAGCAGACGGUGCCCGACAUCUUCAUCUUCAACCUGUCCAUCGCCGACCUCCUCUUCCUCCUGGGCAUGCCCUUCCUCAUCCACCAGCUGGUGGGCCACGGCGCGUGGCGCUUCGGCGCGGCCAUGUGCACGCUCAUCACCGCGCUCGACUCCAACAGCCAGAUCGUCAGCACCUACAUCCUCACGGCCAUGACGCUGGACCGCUACCUGGCCACCGUGCACCCCAUGCGCUUCACCCACGUGCGGACGCCGCGCACGGCCGGCGCCGUCAUCGGCCUGGUGUGGCUGCUCUCGCUGCUCACCGUCAGCCCCGUGUGGGCGUACGCGGGCCUCCUGCCGCUCAGCGACGGCUCCGUGGGCUGCGCCCUGCUGCUGCCCAACGCCGCCACCUACUGGUUCACGCUGUACCAGUUCGUGCUGGCCUUCGCCUUCCCGCUCGCCGUCAUCUGCGGCGUCUUCUUCCGCAUCCUGCAGAACAUGGCCGCCACCGUGGCGCCCCUGCCGCCGCGCAGCCAGCGCGUCCGCACCCGCAAGGUCACCCGCAUGGCGGUGGCCAUCUGCCUGGCGUUCUUCGUCUGCUGGGCGCCCUACUACGUGCUGCAGCUGGCGCACCUGGGCAUCCGCCGGCCCAGCUUCUCCUUCCUGUACGCCUACAACGUGGCCAUCAGCAUGGGCUACGCCAACAGCUGCAUCAACCCCUUCCUGUACAUCGCGCUGAGCGAGACCUUCAAGCGGCAGCUGAUCGUGGCCAUCCGGCCGGCGCACAAGGCCUCGCGCGUGGCCCCCAGCCUGGGGGAGGGCAGCGACAGCCUGCGUCUGGCCCCCGAGGGCGUGCCGCACAGCCGGUCCUCCGGCGAGCUGCUGCACAACCUGCUGCCCGUCACCGUGGCCGUCCACUGA